AUGGACGGGAGGCCCAAUGCGUCUCAAGCUCCCAACCAUAAUAACAAUGUUCUGGAUGAUCUGGGGAGUUCACAGCCGACCUACAGCUCAGGGCAGCGCCCUCCUGUAGAUGACUUGCACCUCCUCAACGUGUUCAACAUCGAUGACUCCGAAGAACCUCAACCGAGACCAUCAACCAGCUACGAUGACUUCGUCGGCGGAGGUAGGCCGGCGGCUGCCAGCCAAGCGCAACCGUCCACGUCCUCAACUCGACCCUUCACUGCUCCGUACAUGGACAGCGGUACGCGAAACUACUCUCAGACCUCGGACCUGCAGAACUAUGCAAGAUACGGAGAUGGGGAGGAGCUGACCGAAGAAGAGUCUGGAUACAAAUACUAUGACAAUGCAGGUCCCUCAGACGAGCAUAUCCCCGGUGGAGGUGUCAAAGUGGUCGGGCGACACAGGCGCGAUCGGACUAGUCUCAUGUCCAUGUCGGGGGUUAUGGACAGAGCAAAAGGAAUGCUGGGGAUACGGAAUAGCAACUACUCUGACAUCAACCUUCCUCUGACAGAAGCCGGUCUGCAGAAUUCGAGAGUAGACACAGCCGGGACUGAUGAGACGCCUCCAUUCCGAGAGAAAAAGGAGUUCACUUUCGACAAUAUCAGAGACAUGUUCACGAGGAAGAAGGUCGAUCCAGCAAGCCUAGGCCCCAGGAUUAUCCAUCUCAACAACUCCCCGGUGAACGCUGCUAACAAAUGGGUCGACAACCAUGUCUCCACCGCCAAAUACAACAUCGCGACCUUUCUACCGAAAUUCCUCUUCGAACAGUUCUCCAAAUAUGCCAACUUGUUCUUCCUGUUCACCGCCGCCCUGCAGCAAGUUCCCAAUGUCUCCCCCACAAAUCGCUACACGACUAUAGUUCCGCUACUGAUUGUGCUGACGAUAUCUGGGAUCAAGGAACUAGUGGAGGACUGGAAGCGAAAGACGGCAGACAAGGCUCUAAAUGACUCCAAAGCACAGGUCUUGAAAGGCUCGAGCUUCGUGGAGACAAAAUGGAUCAACGUUGCCGUCGGUGAUAUUGUCCGUGUCGAGUCGGAGGAGUCUUUCCCUGCCGACUUGGUACUGCUCACAAGUUCCGAACCUGAAGGGCUUUGUUACAUCGAAACCGCCAACCUUGACGGGGAGACCAACCUCAAGAUUAAACAGGCAAUUCCGGAGACCGUUCAUUUGGUGAACCCUGCAGACUUGGGGAGAUUGAACGGACGGAUAAGGUCCGAACAGCCGAACAGCAGUCUCUACACGUAUGAAGCAACGUUGACUGUGUCUGGUGGCGGGAACGAGAAAGAACACCCCCUGACUCCCGAACAAUUACUUCUUCGUGGAGCCAUCCUCCGCAACACUCCCUGGGUACAUGGGGUGGUUGUUUUCACUGGCCAUGAAACGAAGCUGAUGCGAAAUGCUACUGCUACACCUAUCAAGAGGACAGAUGUGGAACGGAUGCUCAACAAGCAGAUUCUGAUGCUUGUUGCUAUACUUUUGGUUCUCAGUGCCGUUAGCACGAUUGGCGAUCUCAUUGUUCGAUCCACUGCUGGCCAGAAACUCACGUACCUCUACUACGACAAUUUCAACGCCGCCUCGCAAUUCUUCCUGGACCUCUGCACCUAUUGGAUCCUUUACUCUAACUUGGUCCCGCUCUCACUGUUCGUUACCAUCGACAUAGUUAAGUAUUUCCAGGCUUUUCUCAUCAGCAGCGAUUUGGAUAUGUAUUACACGGACACCGAUACUCCUGCGGUGUGUCGAACCUCGUCGCUUGUGGAGGAAUUGGGACAGAUCGAAUACGUUUUCUCGGAUAAGACAGGGACUCUGACCUGCAACAUGAUGGAAUUUCGCCAGUGCUCCAUCCAUGGAAUUCAGUAUGCAGGUGUAGUGCCCGAAGACCGCAAGGCGACCAGUCCCGAGGAUGUGGACGGCAUUCAUGAUUUCAAGCAACUCCGCGAGAAUCUGAAGACGCACCCGAGCGCCGCAGUCAUUCAACAAUUCCUCUCGCUGCUGUCCGUAUGUCAUACCGUUAUUCCAGAACGCAGGGACGAGAAAUCGGAGAUCAAAUACCAAGCCGCAUCCCCGGAUGAGGGUGCUCUAGUUGAAGGCGCCGUCAUGCUUGGAUACCGGUUUGUGGCACGAAAACCGCGCUCGGUGAUUGUCCAAGUCGAUGGUCAAGACGUGGAAUACGAGCUAUUGGCAGUUUGCGAAUUCAAUUCUACCAGGAAGCGGAUGUCAACAAUCUUUCGAUGCCCCGACGGAAAGAUCAGGAUAUACUGCAAAGGCGCUGAUACAGUAAUCAUGGAGAGAUUGGCCAAGGACAAUCAGACUGUGGAGACGACGUUGCGGCAUCUGGAGGACUAUGCCACGGAGGGUCUUCGAACACUGUGUCUUGCUAUGCGCGAGAUCCCAGAACAAGAGUACCAAGAAUGGCGACAAAUUUUCGAUAGGGCAGCUACAACUGUCGGUGGCAAUCGUGCCGAAGAGCUUGACAAGGCGGCAGAGAUCAUCGAGCACGAUUUAUACCUGUUGGGAGCAACUGCCAUCGAGGAUCGCCUACAGGAUGGUGUGCCAGAUACCAUUCACACGCUACAACAAGCGGGGAUCAAAGUCUGGGUGCUUACGGGCGAUCGACAAGAAACUGCCAUCAAUAUCGGCAUGAGCUGCAAGUUGAUCAGCGAAGAUAUGACUCUAUUGAUCAUCAACGAGGAGAAUGCUAGCGCGACACGAGCAAGUCUACAGAAGAAAUACGAUGCAGUACGAAGUCAAGCCGCGGCAGGUGAGCGUGAUAUUCUCGCACUGGUCAUCGAUGGCAAAUCACUGGCCUUUGCCCUGGAAAAGGAUAUGGAGAAAUUGUUUCUUGAUUUGGCAGUUAUCUGCAAGGCCGUGAUCUGCUGUCGAGUAUCACCUUUGCAAAAAGCCCUGGUCGUCAAACUCGUCAAGCGGCAUCUUAAGGCGCUUCUCUUGGCCAUUGGCGACGGCGCGAACGAUGUCUCCAUGAUCCAAGCCGCACACGUUGGGGUCGGUAUCAGUGGCGUGGAAGGCCUGCAAGCUGCUCGCAGUGCCGAUGUCUCGAUUGGCCAGUUUCGGUACCUCAGAAAACUGCUCCUCGUGCAUGGGGCCUGGAGUUAUCAACGGAUCAGCAAGGUCAUUCUGUACUCGUUUUACAAGAACAUUGCUAUGUUCAUGACGCAGUUCUGGUAUGCCUUCCAAAACUCCUUCUCUGGCCAGACCAUUUACGAAUCUUGGACUCUGUCCUUUUACAAUGUUCUCUUCACAUUUUUCCCACCUUUCGCCAUUGGUGUAUUCGAUCAAUACAUCUCGGCUCGUCUUUUGGAUCGCUACCCGCAAUCUUACCAACUCACCCAGAAAGGGGUGUUCUUCCGCAUGCACAGCUUUUGGUCCUGGGUCGCCAAUGGGUUUUACCACUCCAUCCUCGCUUAUAUCUUUUCGAGUUAUUUCUUUCUGAAUGACGGCAUCAUGUCUAAUGGCAAGGUUGCGGGACACUGGGUUUGGGGUACCUCGACUUACACCGCAAUUCUGUUGGUUGUCCUCGGGAAAGCCGCAUUGAUUACGAACGUCUGGACGAAGUAUACCGUGAUGGCGAUCCCGGGAAGCUUUCUGAUUUGGUUGGCUUUCAUCCCUGCCUACAGUUACGCGGCACCAAACAUCGGAAGUGGAUUUUCGACCGAACUCGAUGGCAUCAUCCCCGUCAUGUUCUCGUACCCAGUCUUCUACGCCCUCUGCCUCGUCCUUCCACCCGUCUGUCUGGUGCGGGAUUUUGCAUGGAAAUAUGCUAAGAGAAUGUAUUUCCCGCAAAGUUAUCACCACGUCCAGGAGAUCCAGAAAUACAAUGUGCAGGAUUACAGGCCGAGGAUGGAGCAGUUCCAGAAGGCGGUGAGGAAAGUCAGGCAGGUGCAGCGGAUGAGGAAACAGAGAGGCUACGCCUUCUCUGCCGGCGAUGAGAGUACCGGUGGACAGACGAUGAGGGUAUUGAGCCUGUACGACACGACGAAAAACAGGGGACGGUACGGCGAGUUGAACAGUGUCAAGGGAGCGCCGCCGGGUGGUAUGUUGUGA